UGCCCUUCUACCUGUGGAUGGUAAGAGAGCAGAUCGUGUGUUAAAUGGCACUCAUGUUAGUCUUCGUGUGGCUUAUAAGGAAAUCAAUUGUUGAGUGAUAGAACUCACGUUUUGCAUGUUUCCUAUUGUCGUGUAUCUCUCUGAUCCCAUCGCAGCUUCCAUGGCGCAUAAAAAGCCCAUCACCAAUUCAGGUUGUGCUACAACACAGCAUCACUUGCUACUACUGCCCAUAAUGAAAGAGCCACUCACCCAAGACUGCGAAGCUAAUAACUACUCUUCCUCAUCCCCUUCUCACACCAAAACCUCACCCGCCUCUUGCUGCUGCUCUUCUCCCUCCACCGAUGUAGCCACGGGUGUCUCCAAGAGAAAAGCUAGGGAAGCUGGUGGCGAGGAGGCCGAGAAGCCGGGCAAUGAUGGCAAGCAACAUGCUUCCUACCGCGGCGUUCGAAUGCGUAGUUGGGGUAGAUGGGUGUCGGAGAUCCGGGAACCGAAGAAGAAGUCGAGGAUCUGGCUGGGGACGUUCCCGACCGCCGAGAUGGCCGCCCGAGCGCACGACGUAGCGGCGCUGGCGAUCAAGGGGCAGUCUGCGUACCUCAACUUCCCUGAGUUGGCUUCCAGGCUGCCCCGGCCGGCCACUGCAAAACCCAAGGACAUCCAGGCUGCGGCGUCGCUGGCUGCCGCCACCGCAUUCGACGAUCACACCCCAAGCCCAUGCCCAACCCAGACGGAGCUGCCAUUGUCCCACUCUCCUGCGCCUACGACGCCGCCGAGCGACGACCACGGCGCUCUCUUCGAUCUACCCGAUCUCCUGCUCGAUCUAAGAGAAGGCUUCUGCUACUCCUCGUCAUGGGCGCCUUCGACGGCGGAUGACGGUGUCGAGUUCAGAGUCGAGGAGCCAUUCUUGUGGGGAUACUGUUAGAUGAUCUCCUCCUCUACGUUGGUAAUGCUAAUAAGCAAUGCAUAGAGUUGGAAGGGCGUAUACAACGAUCAUUCAGUAUACAUCGCAUAGC